AUGGCUCUGCUCAUUCUCACCGCCAUUCUUGCCGCAAUUUUGGCCUUCAUCGCCUACAUCAUAGACGCUCGGCGAGAAUUUUUCAAAUUACGCGCCAAAAUCGGUCUCGACGGUCCUGAGCCGCAUUGGUUUUUGGGAAAUUUGAAGCAGAUUAUCGAGUGAGUCCGCGAAAACUGGCAUGCGCCUUUAAAAAGUACCGUAAUAGGUCGACUGCAAAACUGGGCUACAGUGAUUCGCACAAUUGGCAUCAGGAGUUGCACAAAAAGUUCGGAGAGACUUUCGCGUAUGUUAUCUAUAUUAUCCAAUCGGUUUUUUUGAGGGGGGACAUUUCCAUUUUCCAGUAUCUACUUUGGGAAACAGUUGAAUAUUGUGAUUUCAAAUGAGGAGGACAUCAAAGAAGUGUUCAUCAAGCACUUUUCCAAUUUUUCCGAUCGAAGCUAUCCGCCGAUAUUCGAAAGAGCUCGUGAGUUGGCACACCGGGAACUGAUAUCAUACAUUUGGUGCUCAGAAUUAAUGACCUCGCUGCUGCAAUCGUCGUACGCGAAUGGCUGGAAAACGACUCGAAGCGCGAUUGCUCCGAUCUUUGCGACGAGCAAAAUGAGGGCGAUGCACGAGACGAUAAACGAAAAGAUCGAGACGUUUCUGACGAUAUUGGCGGAGAAAUCGGAGAGCGGAGAGAAGAAGUGGGACAUCUACGAGUGAGUGGUGGAGGCCCCCCCAGACGGAUUCUGUAGUUCAAAGAUUCCAGAGACUUCCAAGGACUCACUCUCGAUGUGAUCGGAAAGUGUGCGUUCGCGAUCGAUAGCAACUGUCAGCGGGACCGAAACGAGGUGUUCUACGUGCAGGCGCGCAAGUUCAUCACUAACAUUGACAUUCGACACAGUCCCAUCAUCAGCAGCUCUUGUGAGUACCCUCCAGACAUCGAAGGAACUUUCAGAACAUCUGUUUAGUGGUGCUCCCCGAGUUUUCAUGGCUUUGGAAGUUUCUGUACAAGUAUACCGGAUUGGCGGCGGCUGAGAAGCCAUUAGUUGAGGGAUUGGCGGAUGUGUAGGUGUCGAAGAUGUUUGAAACUUUGAACAAACGCUUGUAGAUAUGAGAGAAGACGUGGUGGCGAAGGAGCCGGAAGCAUAGACCUUCUGACUCUGCUCCUGGACCGGGAAGACGAUAAGAUCGGGUCGAUGACGAAGCAGGAGGUGAUCGAGAACUGUUUCGCGUUCCUGCUCGCCGGAUACGAGACGACGAGCACUGCGAUGACCUACUGUUCGUACUUGUUGUCGCGGAAUCCGGAAGCGCAGCAGAGACUGUUCGCGGAGAUCCGAGAGACCAGCGAGACGGUCGGACUCUCCUACGACUCUAUUCACAGCAUGAAGUAUCUGGACGCGGUCUACAAGGAGACUCUCAGAGUCUAUCCACCCGUUAUUCAGUGAGUACUUUUACACUAGUACAGAGGACGCCUAAAAGUGAGAGUUUCCAUGCACCUACUGUUGAAAAAAAAAAGUUUCGACAUUGGAAUCGAAGCUGGCAGCGUGCCAAGGCCCGGCCUCCCAAACGCAUAUGCUGCGCGCCAUUGUUGCAACAUUGCCGCACGCUUUAUUGUUCUUCGUUUUUGUCUUUAUUUUUCGGCUAAAAAUCAGCAGAAAUUUGGUUUUUUCCCAUUUUUUACCCCUAUUUAUUCAUUUCAAUCGGCUUUUGCUAUAAAAAAUCAACUUUGAAAACAGAUUUAUCGAUUUUUAGCUUGAAUUUUCGAACAUUUCUUGAUUUUGUGUUUUUCUCCUUUCCAUUUCGGUGAAUUUGAGAAUUUUCAGGAUUUCCACCUACGGAAAAGUCGAACAAGCAACAAAAUGGCAUGGAUUUCUUAUUUUCGUGUUAGUUUUUGACGUAACAAUAAUUUUCUCUCCGAUCAACGUUUACAGACUUCACUCCUCCGCCGUCUUCUCCACUCCGCCGUCAGCACACAACGGAAAGUUGAAGAAGCAUCUCCCGUUGGAUGAUUGGCACUAAUAACAAUUAUUUUAGAUGUAUUUAUAACGUUCUCCAAUAAAUUAAAUGACAUGACAAGUGUAAGAAUGUUAUUAUCAGUGAUAUUCAAUUUUCUUCUCCUUUUUUCUGGAUUGAAGCGUCCACGGACUUUGGAAAAACGGUCGGAGAGAAAAUAUCUUCGUUCCUCUUCAAACUAAUACGACAAGUUUUUGUAUACCGUUGUGUGCUGACGGCGGAGUGGAGAAGACGGCGGAGGAGUGAAGUCUAUAAACGUUGAUCGGAGAGAAAAUUAUAUAACACGAAAAUAAGAAAUCCAUGCCCUUUUGUUGCUUGUUCGACUUUUCCGUAGGUGGAAAUCCUGAAAAUUCUCAAAUUCACCGAAAUCGAAAGGAGAAAAACACAAAAUCAAGAAAUGUUAGAAAAUUCAAGCUAAAAAUCGAUAAAUCUGUUUUCAAAGUUGAUUUUUUAUAGCAAAAGCCGAUUGAAAUGAAUAAAUAGGGGUAAAAAAUGGGAAAAAACCAAAUUUCUGCUGAUUUUUAGCCGAAAAAUAAAGACAAAAACGAAGAACAAUAAAGCGUGCGGCAAUGUUGCAACAAUGGCGCGCAGCAUAUGCGUUUGGGAGGCCGGGCCUUGGCACGCUGCCAGCUUCGAUUCCAAUGUCGAAACUUUUUUUUUUCAACAGUAAGAAGGACCAAACAAGUACGUCCACCCUAUUUUCAUUUCCAGUUUCGUCAAUCGUGUCUGUCUGAACGAUAUCACCCUGCGCGGACAGUUCUAUCCAAAAGGAUCGAACGUCGUCGUGCUCUCCUACACGGUUCAUCGGAACGAGGCGAAUUGGGAGAAUGCGUGCGAGUUCCGUCCCGAGCGCUUUCUCGAUUGGAACGAAAAGAGCUCGUCGCUCAAGUGGAUUCCGUUCGGCGUCGGUCCGCGCUAUUGUGUGGGCAUGCGAUUCGCCGAGAUGGAGUUCAAGACGACGAUCGCCAAAUUGGUGGACCGGUUCGAAAUGAGCAUGCGCGGAGAGCCGGACCUCGUGCCCGAUUGCAACGGAGUCAUCAUGCGACCCAAGGAUCCCGUCAGGCUCACUCUCACCAAGAGGGCUUAG